AUGGGCCUUACAACUAAGAAGGCCCCCAAACAUGGGACACAGUCUUAUAAAAAUCAUACUUAUGUUCCCUUUUCCGAACGUGUAAACGCGAUCAAGAUUGAUCCUAUUCGCAAGCUGAGGAGAAAGAAGGGAUCCGCAGGUGCAGUGGAGGAUGACGAAAACACAAAAUCUUACUUUUUAGCGGCUUUUAAUCACUGGGCUGCUUUAAACUUAUCUACAAAUUUCACUGACUUUGCAAGUGAAUGUGCGCCGCUCUGCCAAUCCUUGCCUUUGAUUCUUCAUAACCAAAAGGAAAUUAGUCAGUUACUUCUAAAGUAUAUCGCAAAGAAGGAUGAACAUUCUUUGGAAUCAUUAUUAGAUCUUACUACUCAUUUUGCUCGUGAUCUCGGUCCUGAUUUCGAGCCAUAUUACCCACCUACUCUUAAGUUGCUGAUGGAACUCACCACUCUUUCUAAUCUUUCAGUCAUCGAAUGGACAUUUAAUUGCAUCGCCUAUUUAUUUAAAUAUCUUUAUCGAUUACUAGUUACGAAUCUUGUCCCUACAUUCGACCUUUUAUCACCUUUGCUUUGCUAUGCUCGCACCACCGAUCCGGAUGAUACUACUCAGUUCAGAAAGGCAUUUGUUGGUAGAUUUACUGCUGAAUCUUUAUCGUUUUUGAUUAGAAAAUCUACCGGAGAAUCUUUGCAAAAAAUAAUUACUCAUAUUGUUUCAAAGGUGUUGAAAUCUAAGAAGGAAGAAGAAGAAGGCACUGGUAACCGUGAAUUUUUUGAUUCUUGUGCAAUUUUAUUGAUUGAAACAAUGAAGAGCUCUCCUGGAAACUUACACUCUCGCACUGCAAACAUCAUUGGCGCUUUGUUUAAUACGGUCACCAGUCCUGAUACAGAAAUUACUUUAGAUGACUUUCAUAUCAUUGCCGAUUAUUUUGCUCUCAUAUACUUGGAUCUCAUUGAGUACUCCACUCCGGAAAGUGCUACCGUUUUAUUUGAUCAAGCUUACAUGCUUUCGACAACAUCGAUUGCUCAGUUUAACAAUAGCAAAAAGGAAAACGCAUGCAAUUACUUUAUAAUACCAUGCAAGCUGAUAUAUUCUCUUGCUGCGCUUAAGCGUGGCAGCAGGGUUAGCGACUGGAAUGGUGUUUAUUCGAGCUUAAUAAAAAUUAUUUCAAUAUUAGAUCCUACCAAAAACAAAUCUUUAAAGCUCACUGCUAGUUCUAUUCAACCUCUUGCUCCAUAUUUGAUUGAAGCUUCGGUAGGUCCAAUUACAACAUCUGAAUUAAAGUAUUCUGCAGGCUACUCAAUCAAGAUUUUUGAGCACUUUCUCCAAAUUGCUGACGGGUGUCUUUUCCUUCCAUUUUCAAACUCAUUUCUGGAAACAGCUCCUGAAAAAUUUCAAAGUUUUGCUCCAUCAUUCAUUACUAAAUUCAUUAACAAAUAUCAUACGGAAUAUAUUAAUGAAAUUUCUUAUUUGAUUUCCAACAUCAACAAAGCAGGCUUGCUCAAUAAAGAUACUACGGCCUCAAAAUCUGGAUUAAGAAUUAAUCUUUCUUCUCCAUAUACAAAGGCAAUCAUUGCCAGAAUAAAUGGGUUUAAAAAGUUUGAUACCAGCACCGAGGAUUCACUCAGCAAAUGCGUUCAAUUAUGGUGGGAUCUUGAAGUCGUUUCUAUUUCUGUUUUAAUAAACAGUGAUUCCAUCGAUAUUUCUAGACUACUGUCUGUUUUAGUGAAGGAUUUUGAUGGUGAUGCUGCUAAUGUAUCUUCUCUUCGAGCAUCUCUUGUCGGAAAGCUUUUCUCUGUCACUUCCAACAUUUCAAAUUUUUCUACAGAAGAAUAUAAGAAACUAAUUUCAAUGAUUAAAAAUGUUUUUGAUUCUUUUUCCACUUCAUUUGAUGUUGUGGAAGGUUUUAGCAGCUUCCUUUCUUCGUUGAUCAAGACUUCUUCGUUUGAAGUGCUUUCUGCUGACGAGGUCAAAAAAUUUUCUUUUUCCAUAUGUAACAAUCUUAUUAGUUCUUCUGAUUCUAUGCGCUCUCUUUCUUUGAACGCCAUUGCUCAAUUGUUUCUUGCAACAAAGCAACCGGUUCCGAAGCUCAUUACACAAUGUCAAGGUGUUGAUACCACUGACAUUGAUCUCAGAAACUCUAGAAACAUUCCUAUCCAACUCCGAAGCCUGGGUGCUGCCUACACAGUCACCGCUGUUGAUGAAGUUGCAGACAAGGCUGUUGUAUACUUUUUGUUUGGUUUGCUGACAGUCAAAUUCAAGCCCACCACUGAUGGUGCCAUGGAUGCCAUUUCCAAGGCUGCUGAACGUGCUGGUGACCUUAUAUGGAAGCUUUUCUACCAGUGGAUUAGUUACAAUGCUGACAAGCAAAACUCCGACUUUUCUCUCUUAGAUGCUGAACCUCUGCCAACAGAAGAAUCUAUGGAACUCCAGUCUUCGACGGCCCUACCAGAGAUUGGCUGCUCAAUAUCUCGCAAAGUAACUAGAAACACAUUGCUGAGCAUUGCAAUUUUUAGCAAGGGCGUUUCCAAUGCUUCUACUUUGCAAGUUGAGGAAUCAAUUGCUUUUCCUACAGUUCCUUCUAACAGACGAUACAUGACUCUUCAAGCUCUUGUCAAAGUUUCUUGGUUGGCUGAAAAGCAUGCUGAAGACUUAUUGCCAUUUAUUUUGGAAGAGGAAGAAGAAGACGAGGAAGCUGAUGAAGAAGAGGAAGAUGAUGUCUCUCUUGCUUCUCCGGUAACUACCGUUGACUCGUGGACCAUGAAGGAGCGCGAUUUGCUUCUUGAAACAUUUUCCAAUUUUAAAAACCCAGAAAAGAUUGAACACUCCGAUGAGCUUUAUAACAGAUACUUAUACUUGCUCAGCCACAGUCAAGUUCAGAUUCAAAAGAGAGCUCUCAAGUGUAUAGACACUUUUAAGAACCCCAUCAUUCACAAAUACUUUGAGAAUCUCGAUUGGCUUCUUGAUAACGUUCGUUUUCGCGAGGAACUUGCAUAUCUUUUUAGAACAUCUGGUGACAAUUCUGUUCAUCCCGAUGAGCUUCCUGUUCUUCUCCCUCUCAUCAUUAGACUCCUGUUUGGUCGUUCUCAGAUUGCUCGUGAAGGCCGUCGUUCUGCAGUAAUUCAAAGUUUGGGUACCGUUCCUUCUGAGUACAUACGUGAAUUUGUUGUUCUUGCGACUGAUCGUAUUGAGUCUCGCGAAUUCUUUUCUGAGCCUGCAGCAAAGGUUUCUAGUACAAGUGUUAUUUCAUUAAACGAAAAGAUGGCUACUGCUCUUCAAAAUACAAACUUUACCGUUAAGGAUUUGCGCCGCCAAAUGGGUUUCUUGAGUAUGCUGGAAGAUAUGUUGAGAGAAAUUAGAACGCACGUCAAGUCUGCACUAGACGUCAUUUUAGAAUCACUGAUGUUUUGUUUGUAUACUUCUCAGUAUAACUUACAAGCUUCAGUAUCAGCUGUCGAGGGUAAAAAGGCUACUCAUGAAGCCAACAUUUUGAAAACCAUCAUGCAAGCUGGUAUUCGCUGCUUGAAUUUGAUUUUUGACACUUUUGAUAAAGACAGAUCUCUGGAUUUCAGUUCUUUUUUCAACACUCUUUAUAAGUACAUUUUCUCUCCAAAUUUACGGCACUUAUACUUUAAUACUUUGAAGUUCCCCAAUGUCUUUAUGCGAUUCUUUGGUCUUCUUUCUAAGUCGGCUCGCUACUGGAAGCUUCUAGCGCAUGACAAAUGUGCCAUCUUUGCUCGCUUUGUAUCUUGCAUUCAAGUGGAGACAAUUGGUGACAAGGUAGUUGAGAUUGUUAUUGAUUCUGUCCGCAGCAUUUUGGCGCUGAACGAUGUUUCCGAAUUUUCUUCAAACAAGAAGGAUGCUUCUCUUUGGAAGAAGCUUAUGGAUGUUUCUGUGCCAAUUGUUUUGGCCAGUCUUCCUGCUCUUUUCAACAGAGAUUCUACACCUUCCUACAUUUUGCAAAAGGAGUCAGCUCUCCUUGUCAAGCUUACCACUGCAGGUUUCAUUACUGACAAGAAGAUUCGCGAUGAGCUUAUUCAUGUUUGUCUUACGGCCAUGGACAAACCCUCGAAGAAGAUUUCUCUGCAAGUUAAGGGCGACAUGCUGGAGGCACUCUCAUCUAUUCUUUCUGAUUCCGAUGUUCCUACGAGCAAGAUUAUUAGUGCCUACCAUGGUCUUGCCAAACUAUUUUUGGAGUUUCACGAUGUUUAUCCUCGCAAGAGUUUAUGCAAGCUUUAUGCCGUUUUUGGAGACAGAGUCCCCGAGUUCAAGCGUGCUGGCAGACUUGUUUCAUGUCUUAAUGCUUUCUCUGCAGACCGUAUGGGUGUCCCUGAUUACGAUGCCCGUCUUGAUGGUUAUCAGGAAAUCAAUGAGGAAAUUUACAACAAUCUUACGGAAACGGAAUGGAAGCCAUUGCUUUACAACUUUUUGUACUACAUUCAGGAUCCUGAAGAGUUGUCAGCCAGAGAAGGAUCAGCAUAUUCUUUGCGCCGAUUUGUGGAUUGUUUUGCUGGCAAGUCUUCUUCCGAGCAGGCUCAACCUUUGAUUGCUCUUUUGGAGUCCAUUGUUCUUCCCCAGAUUCGUUCGGGUAUUUUGGUUAUCGACGAACUUAUCAGACACUGGUAUAUUAAUGUCCUUGGGCACUUGGUUGCCAAUGGUACUUGGUACUCUGUUUUGGAUGAUAUGAAAGCUCUUUUGGGUGAUGAUGACGAGGAUGCUAAAGAUGAUGAAGAAGACGACACUGAAGAAGCAAAUGAUAAGAUUGCUCUUUCUGCUCCUGCCAAGAGUAGCAACUUUUUCCGCAAUAUUGUUAGCGUUCACAUCCCCUCUCGCAAGAAAGCCAUUAUUCAACUUGGUGUUGUUGCCAAGCAAAUCAAACUUACAGAUCCAAGCAUUUCAGACUAUUUGCUUCCUAUCACAGAACAUUAUAUUGACUAUGCGCCAGAACCCAACAAUCCGAUUACUGUUGCUGCAGUUGAUACUAUUUCGGAACUGUGUCGUCAUUUAUGCUGGGAUGAAUACAAGGAUGUUACUCGCCGCUAUGUUUCAUUUGUUAAGACCAAGCCUUUGAACAUGGCAGUUAACAUUAGAUUGAUAAGUGCUGUGUCUAAUGCUUUUGACAAGGAAGACGAGGAUGAGGACGAGGAAGAUACCGAAGAUAAGAUGGAAGUUGAAGGCUACCCUGGUGCAAUUUUGCUUGCAAAUGUCGUUCCAUCUGAGAAAGAGUUUGCCAACUUUGUUUUGAAUGAAAUCAUGCCUAUUCUUCAGGGUGCAAUUUCUACUAACAAUGAGGAUUUGUUGCGCGAGCAUGUUGGUCUUCUUACACCCGUUGUCAAGUUCCUUAAGGCUCUUCCCUAUGACUUGUUUGUCGUGAAGCUUCCUGGAGUCUUGACCAACGUAUGCCAAGUGUUGCGCUCAAGAUCCGAAACAUUGCGAACAAAGGUGCGCAAGGUGUUGCGCGAAGUUACUAAGCUCCUUGGUGCCAAGUAUUUUCCCUUCCUUGUGCGCGAGCUUCGUAGUGCUCUUCGCCGCGGUGCAUAUUUGCAUAUUUUGGGCUUCACUGUUCAUAAUCUUUUGUCUGAGCUUACACCAGUGCUGAAGCAUGGUGAUUUAGAUAACUGUAUUGACUUGAUUCCAGAAAUUAUGAUGGAAGACAUUUUUGGAGUAACUGGUUUGGAGAAGGAGGCUGAGGACUAUCACAGUAAGCUGAUGGAAGUCAAGAAGCAAAAGAGUUUUGAAACUGGUGAGCUUAUGGCUUCUAAUAUUUCUCUGAGCAAGUUUGGCAAACUUCUUGACCCUGUGCGUAUGAUUUUGUUGUAUGAGAAACUUAAUGUGAAGAGCGAGCGCAAGGUUGAAGAGUUGUUGAAACGGUACGGUCUUGGUUUGAACCAGAAUGAAGAGUCUGGAUCUCGCCAGGUUCUUGUGUUGGCGUAUGAAUUGUACAAAAUGACGCAAGACUUGGAGAAGGAAGAGGCAGAGGCUCUCAAGGCUCAACGUGAGGAGGAGGAUAAUGAUGCACUGAUGGAGCAGGCUUAUUACGAGAAUGACCAUUUCCGUGUUGACCUUGCUGGUGCAACAACACCAUUGACAAGCAAACAGAUGCAGCGCCAGGAACGCCGGAGUGUGUUUGGUGGUGGUCCUAAGCCGAAACACUUUUACACAGACAAUUUGCACAUGAUUAUCAAGUUUGUGUUUGAGAUGAUUCGCAGAGUGUUGAACAAGCAUUCUGAGUUGUUGUCUGCUACCAAUGUGACUGCAUUUAUUCCAAUGCUUGGAUCGCAGUUAACAUCUAAGUUUGAGGAUGUUCAGAUUGCAGCAUUGCGCUUGCUUGUUGUUAUUUUGCGUCACAAGGUUACUGCUGAAUGUAUUGACGAGAAAACUAUUUCUGAGGAAUAUAUCCAUGAAGUGAUUCAAAUUGUGAGAAGUUCGCCGAGUACCAAUUCAGAGCUGUGUCAGGCAGCAUUGCAAUUCAUGACUGCUGUUUUGACACAUCGUGAUACUAUUACAGUUCCAGAACCUGCUAUUGCGUACUUGCUUGAGCGUGUGAAGCCCGAUAUUGAAGAACCUGAACGUUAUAAUACGACGUUUUCGUUUGUGCGAGCUGUUAUUGGACGUGCAAUUUUGAUUCCUGAAGUUUACGACGUUAUGGACAAGAUUGCAGCAGCCAUGGUUACUAAUCAGACCAAAUCUACGCGGGAUGUGUGCCGUAAUACAUAUCUUGAGUUUAUGACUGAGUACCCUCAAGGAAAGGAUCGGAUUCGCCAGCAGUUUAAGUUUUUGGUAGACAAUUUGCAGUACAAGGGGAUUGAUGGCCGGUUGUCAGUUAUGGAGUUGAUUCAUUUACUGAUUGAGCACAUUGACUAUACGCAUUUGAAAGAUGUGACUACUUCGUUUUUUGUUGCACUUGCACUUGUUUUGCAGAAUGACGAUGCUGCUUCUGCUCGUGAAAGUGCGGCAGUGUUAAUUAAGCAAUUGUUGGAGCGUGCGCGUGGUUCUGAGCUUGAGAUUAUUGACAAGUACGUUGUGGCUUGGUUGCAAGCGCCAAUUAGCAAUGGUCUUUUGUUACGGGGUGGAUUGCAGAUUUCAGGAUUGUACUUUGACCAGCUUGGAAUCCACAAGAAUGCCAAGCUUGUUCCUCUUGCUCAAACACGGAUUUCUGAGAUUUUGAGUUUAGCAGGUAAGAAGCCUAAGGAAGCAGCUAAGCCUGGUUUUGAAUCUGAUGAUGACGAUGAUGACUACGUCAGCCCAUUCCCUAAGGAAGAGGAUGAGAAGCAACAGCCUGCUGUGGAAUGGGGGCUGGUUUACUUUGCGUUGAGGUUGUUUACAAAGAUUGUGGACCUGGAGCCUGCGCUUGGUUACUCGCAAAGCUGGGCGGAGCGUUGGAAGCUUGUUGAAGGAGUGAUGCUUUAUCCCCAUGCAUGGAUCCGAUUAGCAUCGUCGCGACUUCUUGGGCAAUUGCUUGGGGCUGUUCAGGAGGAGGCUGAUAAGUAUCCAGCUGCAGCAAAGUAUAUUUCUGUCGAGUCGUACAAGUUUGCUGAAGAUGAAGAAGAGGCGAAGAUUAAGUUUAGUUAUAUUUCUUUGACUGAAAAGCAGGUUGAGCAGCUUGCUACUCCUGAUGUUGCUGGGGAACUUGCGCUGCAGAUAGCAAAGAAUCUUGUUUUCAUUAGCAUGAAGCUAGAGGAAUAUGGUAUUACAUAUGAGCCGGAGGAGGCUGAUGAAAGUGAAGAGAAAGAGAAAGAAAAAGAAAAAGACAAGUCUGCUUUACAUUGGCUUGUGGCCAAGGUUGGAUUAAUUCUGCGCACUGAGAAGCGAUCGCACAAUCUUUUUGAGUCCAAGAAGGCUAUUAUUCAGUUCCUUGCGUCAGUUGUGACUACAGUGUCUGUUGAACGGGCUACUAUGCUUGCCCCAGGUAUGAUUUACGGGGUAUAUCCUUAUAUCGAGGGCCUAAUUACGAGCGCUGGAGGCAGUGAUGGAUCAGACACUAAGGCGAAACAAACUCAUGAGAUCCAGACGCUUUCCCAAGAGGCUGUUGAGAUUGUACGGGAGAAACUUGGGACCACCGCAUACAUGAAGGCCUACGGAACAGUGCGGUCACGCGUUCUCGAUUUACGAGCUGAGCGCAGAAAGCAGCGAGCAGUAGCAGCAGUUGCAGAUCCUGCUGCGUUUGCAGCGCAGCGACUUGAGACACGAAGCAAGAAGCGGGCCAAGAGAAAGGAGCGGGACCAGAUAGAGAAUGGCAGGGGAGUAGCUGGAGUUAAGAGGGUACGUGGUGUGAACUAUUUUGAUGGCAAUGGAGCCGAUGAUGAGAAGAAAAAGAAGAAGAAGAAGAAAAGUAAGGGAGGUCGGAGUUCAAUUGCAUUGUAA